AUGGUCGUGUUACAUGUAGAGAUAAUAGAAUAUAAUUCGAACAAAAUGGGCAAAGCGAAGAGAAAGAAGGGGAGUUUCCUCGGAGAUUGCGUAGGGUUGUUGCCCAGAAUCGGGGGACGUUGUCCGUUGUUGCCCGACGUCGGAGCCGGAUGUUCGCACGGACAAGACGCCGAAAGCGCUGCCAUUUUGGAGAGCAAAAUGUUCACGGCCGUGAAAAAGUUCCUUACGACAUCCCCUUUGGUUAACAAGGUCAAGUUCCUGAUGACGAGGCAGAACAGUGGGGUGGUAGGGAAGACCGGCGGAGAGGAAAAAACGAGCGAAUGUCCUUCGAGGAUGUCUGUAAGAACGACGACGAUCGUAUCGACAACGCAGACGACGAUGACGACGGCGACAAGAACACCGGCGAUUACGUCGCCGCCAUUAUCCGUCCUUUCGAAGGAAUCGGACGCGAUCGUUCCGUCUAUCGGUUCGACGGAGUCGCAGGUACAAGUGCAAUCGCAGGUGCAGGAUAUUAAAGGAGAGAGCAGUGGUGGGAGCGACACAGCUUUCCCGUCCUCCUCCUCUUCUUCGUCCACCGUCGUACCGAUGACGGAUUCUACGAAAUUGUCCUCGAACGCUCUCAUGUCGUUUCCAGCUUCGCCCCAGAAAUUGGCUGCUCAACCGAGAAAGAUCACGGCUAUAACGAAGUCUCAGAUGAGGGAGUUUAGAGAGGCAUUUAAUCUCUUCGACAAGGAUGGCGAUGGAAAUAUCACGAAAGAAGAACUUGGACGGGUGAUGCGUUCCUUGGGACAAUUCGCCAGGGCCGAAGAAUUGAAUACGAUGCUGCAAGAGAUCGACAUCGACGGCGACGGGACCGUAAGUUUCGAGGAAUUCGUCGAGAUCGUCAGCAACAUCGGCGACGAGAAUUCCGGAACUUUGGCGGAUCAGGAUCAAGAGGAGCAAGAGUUGCGGGAUGCUUUUCGCGUGUUCGAUAAGCGUAAUCGUGGUUACAUCACCGCCUCCGAUUUAAGAGUCGUUCUACAAUGUUUAGGAGAAAAUUUGUCGGAAGAAGAAAUCGAAGAUAUGAUCAAGGAGGUGGACGUUGACGGAGACGGCCGUAUAGAUUUCUAUGAGUUCGUUCACGCGCUCGGUGAGCCCGGCAUAGACGAGGACGAAGAAGACGAGGAAGAAGAGGAAUCGCAGUCUCCGACAUAACGAGUCUUUUCGUUCGAAGAAAUCGCACCAAGAUCGAGGAUCGUCGAUCGUCGAAAGGAAUCGUUUUCAUGACGAUUCGUCUUUUAUCUUUUUUUCUGUCUAUUCGUCUUUUUCUCCCUUUUUCUCUUUCUCUCCUUCCUUCGCACUCUUGUAAUUAAAAAUACGAUGGGCAAUUCAACUUUAUUCGAUUAACGAAAAAGGAUAUCGAUCGUCGAUCGAUUAUUUUUUGUUGCCAAAUUUCGCACGGUAGAAAACGAUGGCCAUCGAUGAUUCCGUACGUCGCUGCAAUGUUUUUUUCCAAUUCGAUGAAAGUAAUCGCUCACUGCGCGUUAUCGCGAUUGUAAGAGAACAGGCACUAUCAACGACGAAAGAAAGAGAAAAUAGCAUCUAAAUUCGUCUAUGCGAUGCAAUACGUUUUCUCCGUUGGUGCGAACGAGAGGAAAUGUCGACGAUUAGUUAAUAAUAUAAAAAAUAAGAACGUUCUCGGCCAAUGGCAUCGAAUCGUUUUCGUCGUACAUGCAUAUUCGUUUACGCAUGUAAGUAUUUCGAAUAGAAACUCAAAGUGGUUUCUUUAAACUUUUCAUCGCACCAAAAAGCAUUUUAUUCUCGACGGUGAUCGUGUCGUAGAUGUAAUAAGGUCGUAAGCUCUAGGUUAAUGUCUUUUCUCCAGCACACACCGCUCUUGGAGUUUCUAUUUCGAGAUCGAUCGGCGUGAAACGAGAUAGGAAGAAACGCGAAUCACCUGUUCCUCGAAAUCUCGUCGAGGGAUAUCGAUAAGCGACUUUUCUGCUUGGCCAUAGCAUCUAUUUUCCAAUUGUCUUCGAAUUAAGAUAAUUCCAAUCUUUUUAAGUAGAUAAGCCGAUCGAUGUAAUCCGAUUUUAAUUCGUUCGGGGAACUAAUCGAUCGUCGAGAACGAAAAAAAAAAAUGAUCGUUGAUCGACGAGAAAUAUUUGGUAAACCGGUUUACAAUGGUCGAACAAAAAUUCUUCGAUCUUGCACUCUAAUUAAAAUCGUUAUAUUAAUAAAAUAUAAAUAAAUUAAACAAAUAAAUAAAAUGAUUAACUGCUAAUUACAAUGAUCAAGUCAAUGAUCUUUAAUGUCUUAUAAGCAACGGCGAUUCUCUCUUUUGCGAUAUCGCCUGUCUCGUCCAACCAAGAGACGAAUUUCUAAGAUAAAGCACGAAUUCAAAUUCAUUGUCAAAUCUGUCUGGACUGCUUCGUAACGCAUCGAGCCUCGUACGACGUGUCUCGAACGAUGUAACACUAUUAUUACACCGAUAAUAAAAGUCGCAUGCUAUUUAAAAUUACUUAAAGAACUAAUAAAUUAAUAAGGAAAAUCUCGUUAAGACUCUUUUGCUUACCUACCUUUCUGAUCUCUCUCUCUCUCUCUCUUUCUCGUGCGAAAUCACUCUAUCGAGAUCGAAUCUACCAUAUUUUCUUUAAACAUUCGUUUUUAUUAGCGAUAAAUAAACUUACAUAUCUUUACAGUAACAAUGACCUCUCGUAAUUCUCGGAAAAUAUAAUAAUAUCUAUUCGUAAGGAUUUUAUAGAUCAAGAUUUCCUUCUUUCGCUCUCUCCCACUCCUUCCUUCGUUCAUCCACCAUUUUCCAACCUUUUUCCCCUCAAGCUCUCACCAUCCAACCUUUCGUUCGUCCAAUUGUCCAAUUGUCUCUUUCGCGGCGUAGAGACGAAACGAAUCUUUGAAAAAAUCCACGCGGCACGAAAGACGUACGACGGAUGGACGACUUAUUUCUUUUUUUUUUUUUUUGUUUUACGUUGCGUGCGUUUUACAUGCGAGCUAUAAUGCGAGACUUACGAGUUCUAACAACAGCGAACAUACAAUAGCCGUAUGGAACAUUGGGUCAUACGUAAUAGAAGAGUUAUGACGAUUUUUCGGUUUUACUUUUCGACUAUUCGCAGAAUUUUUUUCGAUCGCAGCGACUUCGUAAAGGACUUUUUCGUAACGUAAGAGAUUCUUCAUAAACGAAGAUACGAUUCUCUUCUUCGCAGCAACGAUCGUCCUUCCGCUAUUUUGACAAAUGCAGGACGGAAAAAUGCUGUCGGAUUUUUCUCGCGUUAUCUUACAACAGGUGAGACAAAAAAAAAAGAGAGAAAAAAAACAAAAGAAAAAAAAGAGAAAAAAGAUCAACGAAUAGACGAGAAGAAAUCAAUGCGAUCGCCG